GGGAGAAAAAGAGAUGACUAUGAGAAGGAAAAAGAAUCUUGGCUAAAAAAAAAAAUUGCGUGAGAAGAGGGCAAAAAAUUUGGCUAAAAAAAAAAAAAAAAGUUGCUACUCCUGGCAGCUCUGUUUGUCAAAAGGGGAUGUCAAGCGCUUUACAAUACCUGGGAUUGAUGAGGCGGGCGGGCCAAUGAGCUGCGCGCGGCGCCUCGGCGCGCCCUCCGUUGGCGCGGCGACUGCGGGCGGGGGGAGCGAGGGCGCACCAAUCAGCGCCUGCGUCGACAGCACGUGACGCCUCCCCCUGCUCCCAUUCAUCAAGGGGGGGACGGUGUCGUCCUUUCAAUUCAUUUAUCUGCAGGAAUGAUUGCUGCUAUCAGUCUCGCGCUCACCGCCCGGCUGAGGAGGUGAAAGUUUCUCCCCAGGAAGAUAAACCGCAAAAGACAAUAUUGUGCAUGAUUUGCGCCUUUUCUUUGCCUUUUUCUCCCCCCACCCUUUUUUUGCAAAAAGCUGAGAAGGAAAAAAGGAGAGUGAAAGAGCGAAGAGGCGAGCCUGAGCGAAAGCAGAGAGAGAGAGAGAGAGAGAGAGAGAGAGAGAGAGAGAGAGAGAGAGAAGAGAGGGAAGAAAGGACGAGGGGUAGUGGAGAAGUGAGGAGGGGCGCGCGGCGCGCGGCGGAGAGCGGGCUCGGGCAGUCGUGGCCGGCGCUCGCAUUCCUCUAUGCCACAAAUCCGGGAGGAAGUUUUUUGGGGGGGCUGAGAUGUUGCAUGCUUUUCCCCGGGCAGCCUUGACGCGAGGCCCUCUCGGCAGAGACUGAGCGGCGAGAAAGUGCGAGCCGGGGCGGCGGGGUUUGCGCGGCGGGCGCCGGAGCCCGCCCGACUCGCUGCUCGCCGCCGUCCGGCUUCCCGGAGCUCGGCCGGGAGGGCGCCCGGACGCGCCGCGCCGCUGCCUGCAGGCUGAGACUUCACUAGGUGGGUCGGCUCCCCCUCCCUCCUCCUCUUCUUCCUCCUCUUCCUCCGCCUCUGUUCCUCCUCCUCCUCCUCCCGAUUUUCCCUCCUCGGCUGGCGAGGGUGGGGGGGGCGGGGGAGGACAGGGCUUGCCCGGAGCAGCCACGAUGCUCCUGGACGCCGGCCCCCAGUAUCCCGCGAUCGGUGUGACCACCUUUGGCGCGUCCCGCCACCACUCGGCGGGCGACGUGGCCGAGCGAGACGUGGGCCUGGGCAUCAACCCGUUCGCCGACGGCAUGGGCGCCUUCAAGCUGAACCCCAGCUCGCACGAGCUGGCCUCGGCCGGACAGACGGCCUUCACGUCGCAGGCGCCCGGCUACGCGGCUGCUGCGGCCCUCGGCCAUCACCACCACCCGGGCCACGUCGGCUCCUAUUCCAGCGCAGCUUUCAAUUCAACGCGGGACUUUCUGUUCCGCAACCGGGGCUUCGGCGACGCGGCCGCGGCGGCCAGCGCACAGCACAGCCUCUUCGCUGCUUCUGCCGGCGGCUUUGGGGGCCCACACGGCCAUACGGACGCCGCGGGCCACCUCCUUUUUCCCGGGCUUCACGAGCAGGCGGCGGGCCACGCGUCACCCAACGUGGUCAACGGGCAGAUGCGGCUUGGUUUCUCGGGGGACAUGUACCCGCGGCCGGAGCAGUACGGCCAGGUGACCAGCCCGCGCUCCGAGCACUAUGCAGCGCCGCAGCUGCACGGCUACGGGCCCAUGAACGUGAACAUGGCCGCGCACCACGGCGCCGGCGCUUUCUUCCGCUACAUGCGCCAACCCAUCAAGCAAGAGCUCAUCUGUAAGUGGAUCGAGCCGGAGCAGCUGGCCAACCCCAAAAAGUCGUGCAACAAAACUUUCAGCACCAUGCAUGAGCUGGUCACGCACGUCACUGUGGAGCACGUCGGCGGCCCGGAGCAGAGUAACCACAUCUGCUUCUGGGAGGAGUGUCCACGCGAGGGCAAGCCCUUCAAAGCCAAAUACAAACUGGUCAACCACAUCCGUGUGCACACGGGCGAAAAACCUUUCCCCUGCCCCUUCCCUGGCUGCGGCAAGGUCUUCGCGCGCUCGGAGAAUCUAAAGAUCCACAAAAGGACGCACACAGGGGAGAAGCCCUUCAAGUGCGAGUUCGAGGGCUGCGACCGGCGCUUUGCUAACAGCAGCGACCGCAAGAAGCACAUGCACGUGCACACGAGUGACAAACCCUAUCUCUGCAAGAUGUGCGACAAGUCCUACACGCACCCCAGCUCCCUGCGCAAACACAUGAAGGUCCACGAAUCCUCCUCGCAGGGCUCGCAGCCUUCGCCUGCCGCCAGCUCGGGCUAUGAGUCCUCCACGCCGCCCACCAUCGUGUCUCCCUCCACAGACAACCCGGCCACCAGCUCCCUGUCGCCCUCCUCCUCCGCAGUGCACCACACAGCCGGCCACAGCGCGCUCUCCUCCAAUUUUAACGAAUGGUACGUUUAAAAUCAGAAACAAAACACCGAACAAAACACUAUUUAAGAGACUGAGCACACGCGUAGAUACAUUAUUGAAAGAGCCCUGCGAAGCAGAGCAGCACCCCCGACACACAGACCCGCGAUCCCAUUUUGUUUUAAUAGACCCAGGACCGAGUAAGAGAGGAAGCAUCAAACCUUCUUAAAAUGUAUCACUUUUUUGCAUUAUUAUUUUUUCUUUUCUUUUUUUUUGGCAAAGGCUUGGCAGCCGAGGUGCGGGAGGGGGGUCGGGAAGGAAGAGGCCGCCUGACCAAAUGCCGCCAGCCCCCAGGGCCAAUUUCUUGUUAGAUUGGAACAGGCUUUCUGGGGACUCGGCUUUUUUUUUUUUUUUUUUUUUUUAUUUGCUUUCUUGUAAAUACAGAAUUAUUAGCUUAAAACUGUUCUGUUGGAUUCUGUAAAUAGUUCUCUCUCGGUUGGAGCGGGUGGGUGGGAUUGUGGCGUUAUGGUCUUUGCAUUGGGGAGGGGGAGGGGAGGGGUGGGGGAGGGCGGGGGAGGGGUGGGCGGCCCAAAGCCAACUGUUUGUACUGAAUGGCAAGAAUGUUCUAGUAAAUGUGUACCAAAAUGUGAAUUACUUUGUACGAUUACAGUCUCCACGUCGACCUAACAGAAUAUUAUUGGUAUUAAUGUGCUUUUUUUGUAUAAAGUGCAAACAUUUCGUCCCAAAGUCUAAGUACUUUAGUGCAGUAAAAUGUUGUUUCAUGUCCUGUCAAGAAUUCGUAUAGCCUGGAUCUGCGUGUCAAACUGUUCCAUUUGUUUAUGUAAAGUGAUAUUAAAAAGAUAUAAACUAUAACUGUCCGUUGCUUUUGGCAAAAGAUACCACAUAUGUAUAUAAUUCCUAGUUUCCAUAUUUAUCCGCAUGUAAAGGGCCGGUUUAUCCAUGUUACAGCUAUUCAGUAUUUAUGGCUAGAAAAACUCGUAUGUACACUUUAGUUUCCAGAACUGUUUGGUAACCUUUCGUACAUUAUUAAAGAUUCUUAAAUCUAA